UAUUAAUGUGCACAAGGUGGUCACAUGUCCAUGGCAAGAUAAUCUCCAAAGUGUACAGAAAUUUGUGUGAUCAACAAAGUGAUCAGUACGUAGAUCUAGUUGACAUUCUGAUUGUGAAGCAAGGCCUAAGGAGCAAUAGAAAGUUGCUAGCCAAAUUAAACUGUCAGCUUCAGCCAUGGGAACUCCAAGUGAAAAAUCACCCCUUGUGGAUCAGCGGGAGAUCAUCAAGCCUGAUGCUACUACUACUACAAAGUAUCGAAUUGCAGAGCUCAUUUCGUUAACAAUUGCAACGGUUGUUCUAGUAGUAAUGUUCAUUGUGAAUGGCCUUGCUGCUUCUCCAAAUGCGGCCGAAGUUGGUCUUGGAAAUGGCACCACUGCAGUCUCAAAUGAACAUUGCGUUGAAAUUACCCCUGCCGGAUGGACCUUUUCAAUUUGGGGAGUAAUCUACACCUGGCAAGCCCUCUGGAUUGUGUAUAGCUGGUCUUUCGUGUUUCGCCCCUCUUUUCCACGAUCGAUUGUGUUCCUGACAUACAACUUCUAUACUAUUGCCAACCUUUUCAAUAUCAUCUGGAGCUAUUUGUGGGGCAACGACUAUGCCCAGGUAGGAUAUCCUAUCAUUGCAUUGUUUUCGAUCGCUCUUUAUUCCACCAUCUCUGUGCAAGCUAUAUGGUUGUACAGGAUGACACCAACCCUGAUGACAAGGAAAAGUUACAAGAUCGAUUUGUAUAUCACAAGGUUCUUGGUUCUCAACGGAAUUUUUGUCUAUGCUACCUGGCUGACAGCUGCUACUGAGCUAAACUUUGCAAUUCUCUUGCAAGACUACAUUGGAUAUACCAGCCAAACUGCUGCCACAGCAGCUCUCUCCGUCCUCUCAGUCGUGAUUGUGCUCUAUUUUGUCCUCGAGAACACUAUUCUUGAUAGAUUCCUACGCUUUGUGUUCAUUGUCUACCCGGUUCUGAUCUGGGCACUCUCCGGAAUUCUAUCUGCCCACUGGGAAACCGAUAGUGAUGAGUGUCUCCUGUUGGGAAAAAUACCCGUAUCGCCAAGUCGUGUGAAUCCAAGAUUCACUCUAGGAGUUCUUAUUCUUACCGUUGUGCUAUUUGCUGUUAGGAUUGUCCUGUGGGUUUUGUUUGCCCUUUUUAGGCCUUUGUUCAAAAUUGGUAGUGAAAAAUCACCCCUCAUGGAACGACUUGAGAGCCUCAAACCUGAUACUACUACAACUACAAGUUAUCGAAUUGCAGAGCUCGUUUCGUUGAUAAUUGCAACCGUUGCUCUAGUAGUUGUGUUCAUUGUGAAUGGCCUUGCUGCCUCUCCAAAUGCGGCCGAAUAUGGUUUUGGAAAUAACACCACUGCGGUCUCAAAUGAACAUUGUGUUGAAAUUACCCCUGCCGGAUGGACCUUUUCAAUUUGGGGAGUAAUCUACACCUGGCAAGCCCUCUGGAUUGUGUAUGGUUGGUCUUUUGUGUUUCGCCCCUCUUUUCCACGAUCGAUUGUGUUUCUGACUUACAACUUCUACACUAUUGCUAGCAUUUUCAACAUAAUUUGGACCUAUUUGUGGGGUAACGACUAUGCCCAAGUAGGAUAUCCUAUCAUUGCGUUGUUUUCGAUUGCUCUUUAUUCCACAGUCUUUGUGCAAGCUAUGUGGCUGUACGAGGUGACACCAACCCUACUGACAAGGAAAGGUUUCAAGGUUGAUUUGUACAUCACAAGGUUUUUGGUUCUCAACGGAAUUCUUGUUUAUACGACCUGGCUGACAGCUGCUACUGAGUUGAACUUUGCAAUUCUCUUGCAAGACUACCUUGAAUAUAGCAGCCAAAUCGCUUCCACAGUAACUCUCUCCGUCCUCACAGUCGUGAUUGUACUCUAUUUUGUCCUCGAGAACACUAUUCUUGAUAGAUUUCUACGCUUUGUGUUCAUUGUCUACCCGGUUCUGAUCUGGGCACUCUCCGGAAUUCUGUCUGCCCACUGGGAAGCCGAUACUGACGAGUGCCUUCUGUUGGGAAAGAUAACCGAAUCUCCUACUGCUGUGAAUCGGAACUUCACUCUAGGAGUUCUUAUUCUUACAGUUGUGUUAUUUGCUGUUAGGAUUGUUCUGUGGGUUUUGUUUGCCUUUUUUAGGCCUUUGUUCAAAACUGGCAGCUAUGAAGUUGCCUAAAAAAACUUACGUUUGACUCGUUUUAGCUUUAGUUAUUUACUUAUAAGGAGUUGUAGCUUUUGCACACCCUCAGUCACAGAUAGUAUAAAUGUAUAAGGUUUUGUAGCUCUUGCAUUAUUUUGAUGCUCACAACUUUUAAAGAUUGGCUGAAGAGUUAUUGAAA